CGCCGCGGGGCCCGCCACGCCCUACGCGGAGCAGCAGCGGCGGGGGGCGCAAGGGGCGCCGUGCCCCAACGUGGACGUGCGCCACCUGCGCCAGCUACCCCAGCUGGAGACGCCGCGGCCGUCCUUCCUGGAGGACCCCAGCGGCUACCUUGCGCAGCAAACGGCCAUGCUGCACAACACCAUUUCUCAGCAAGCGGUCACCAGUCCACAGCCGACGCCGCCACCACAGGCGAGUCCGCAGCCCAGCCUGGCAAAGACGCCCAGCCCGGCAGCCAGCACGUUCCAGGUGCCGACGCCCAACACCUCGCCGCAUUCCACCACCAUGAACAAUCUUGUCUCACCCGAGCAGAACAAGCGACCAAACUCGGUGGAUCCUGUAUCGUCGUCUACGUUUUCCGAUUCACGGGAGGCUCUGUCUGGGGGCUCAUCACCCCAAGCCGAGCACACCGUGAGGGGAGCAGGCCUGCAGGGCAUGCCGACACCACAGCCCAGCCCAGAUGGGACUACAUCGGCCGAAUCUCCCCCUGAAAUUGUGAAACGGAAAGACAGCAGUGUGUCUGAAAGAGAGCUGCUUAAGGCUCCUUUGAACAAACCUAUUCAGGGCGGCACGGUGAGCACGAGUAAUGGUAUGAGUAAAGCAACUCACCAGCCAGAUCCUGUGAUGAGCCUUCCAUCGUCAAGACCCUCUUCCUCUCAGUCUCCUUGUAUCACUGUAAGCAGUAGUAAUACUGUCCAGUCAAAAGCUGCUGUGUCCAUCAAGUCUGUCCACAAAAGUCCCAAGAGACAAAUGCCCAAUUCUCAGAAUCAGCAGAAUGUUCAGAUCACGCCCGCUCGUGCGAUUUUGCCAAACUCGCAGCACAGUACGACUAUUAUUCCAAUAACCAUAAGUCAAGCAGUGCAAAGUCUUGCCUCCAAAGGCGCACCAAGUCAGGCUCAAGUCACUGCUAUGGCAAGCAGUCACACUGCGAGCAGCAACACUAUCACAUCCGUUGUGGCAGGCCGCUCUCCAACAGCAGUGACAACCGUGACCGUUUCUGCAUCAUCCUCCCCACCAAGCACAACAUCUCAGGCAACACAAUCUACUGCCACAGUUCAACUUACGAAAACUCCCAUGGAAGUCGUGCAGAACCUCGUCAAUAAUAUACAGUUCACAUUGCAACCACACCAAAUGCAGCAAGUUCAGUUGCAGCUGCAACAGCAAGCUCUUCAGCUAGUCCAGCAAUCCCAAGAACAGGCACAAGGCUCUCAACAGCAGCCUGGACCACAACAGCUGGUAUUGCAGCAAAUUUCCAACCCAUCACAACAUGUUUUGCAACAGGUCCAACAGCAGGCAGUUCAGCAAGCUCAACAACAGGCUCAGCAGAAAGCCCAACUUCAGGCCCAGCAGCAGGCUCAACAACAGGCCCAUCGGCAAGCCCAGCAGCAAGCAGCGCAUCAAGCGCAACAACAAGCAGUCGAACAAACCCAACAGCAAACACCUCAACACGUCCAACAGCAACAACAAUCCUUACAACAGCAGCAAACGCAACAAGCUGUUCAACAAGCCCACCAGCAGGCUCGUCAACAUGUCCAACAGCAGGCCCAACAGCAGGCCCAACAGCAGGCCCAACAGCAGGCCCAACAGCAGGCCCAACAGCAAGCCCAACAGCAAGCCCAACAGCAAGCCCAACAGCAAGCCCAACAGCAAGCCCAACAGCAAGCCCAACAACAGGCCCAACAGCAAGCCCAACAGCAAGCCCAACAACAGGCCCAACAGCAAGCCCAACAGCAAGCCCAACAGCAAGCCCAACAGCAAGCCCAACAGCAAGCCCAACAGCAAGCCCAACAACAGGCCCAACAGCAAGCCCAACAGCAAGCCCAACAACAAGCCCAACAACAGGCCCAACAUCAAGCUCAACAACAGGCCCAACAACAGGCCCAACAGCAAGCCCAACAACAAGCUCAACAACAGGCCCAGCAGCAGGCCCAGCAGCAAGCUCAACAGCAAGUUCAGCAGCAAGCUCAAAAGGCACUACAGCAAGCCCAACAGCAGGCCCAACAGCAAGCUCAACAACUGGCCCAACAGCAAGCCCAACAGCAGGCCCAACAACAGGCCCAACAACAGGCCCAACAACAGGCCCAACAACUCGCUCAGCAGGCCCAACAAGCUGCCCAACAAGUUCAACAGGCCCAACAGCAAGCUCUUCAACAAGCUCAGCAGCUGGUUCAGCAGCAAGCCCUCCGACAGGUGCAACAACAGGCACAGAAGCAGGAACAACAGCAACUGACGACAGCCCAGCACCUACAGCUUGCUCAAGCUGCUCAACAACAGCAGCUCACUCCUGCUCAGCAGCAGCAACUAGCGCAAGCUCAGCAACAAGUUGUGAAGCAAGCUUUGCAUCACGCUCAACAGGUGGUGUUGCAACAACAGGCUCAGCAGCAAGCUCAACAGCAAGCCCAGCAGCAGGCACAGCAGCAAGCUCAGCAGCAGGCCCAACAACAGGCAUUGCAGCAAGCUUUGCAGCAAGCUCAACAGCAGGCUCUUCAAGCUCAGCAGCAGGCUUUGCAAGUGCAACAGCAAGAAAGUGUUUCUCAGCAGCAACACCAGGUCCAGUUGCAGAUUCAGACUCAACCUCAACAGGGACAGCAAGGUCAACAGCAGGCUGCUGUGGUGGUGAAGCCCACUGCGCCUGCUGGGUUGUCCGCCACGCUGGCUACGCAGCCUGCACACCAUAUCCUGGUGUCAAGCGGCGGGCAGCUGCUAGUGGCGUCCUCAGCUAAACCAGCCAUGCCGCCGCUGUCCGUGAGUCCCCUCGUCACUAGUGUCACAGCAGCUAUGACGCAGGUGAUUCCUGCUGUGGGCAUGAUGCAACAAGCACAGACAAUGCAGUUGGGACCGAUGGUCAUCAAUGCUUUGAAUGCCCUUCAAGGCCCUCUUGUCCUUCCUGGAAUGGGAGGGGUCAUUGGGGUUGACGGCUUGACCCAGAAUGUUCAGAUUCCUCAACUGACACUAUCAAACCUCAUCCAGGGAGAUGCACGAAAUUUUUUAAGUCAACACCAAACUGCUGCCUUACUUUCACCACCUGAUGCAGCAUUGAAAAAGAAAAGCAACAACAAUAACAAGAAGCGCAAGACACCUCAGACUGUUGCAGUUCAGAUAACAAGCCAACAACAGGCACAUCAACCUCAAAAUAUAGCUCCAGCAUUCAGCUCACCAUCAUCGGCUCAUUUUGGUGGAACACCUGUCCUCACUCUUGUACCGGGGAAGAGCCCUUGUGCACCUCCACAAAUAGUGGUUAAUCAUGCGCCCGCUGCAGCCCACAGUCCAAAUACGCAACCACCUCAGCAGUCGCCUUCUCAACAGUCCCCUCAACAGCAACAAGCGGCCCAGCCUCUAUCAUCCCCUGGACAUAUUAACUUGUUGCAGCCAAUGAGUGUGGUAACAGCACCGUUGCAACAGUUCAUUGUGCCUGGCUUGGUGAUGGCAACGGAUGGCUCAGGAAAUACAACUCUGAUUCAAGAUCCUGUCGGAAGUUUAUCCAACAUCCAGAAUAUUCCUAAUGUUCAGACAAUAUCCAACUUGCAGAACAUGCAAAAUGUUGGAGUUCAGUUACAGCUUCAGAAUGUUAAUGGCCAAAAUGUGCUGACUCCAGUCCAAACUCCUGUCCAAGUUCAAGGAACACCAGGGCUGGUCUUCCAGCGUAAUGCAGGUGGUGGUGCACCUAAACUUACAACGGCACAGUUCAUUAGCUCGCCAACAAGCCCGGCACAGUUUAUUAUUCCUACUUCGAGUACAGGUGGUACUCAAUUUCUCAUUCCCACAUCUUCAUCUCAAGGGACCCAACUCCUCGCAACAAGUUCUCCUGGAGGUGGCACGCAAUUCUUGACUACUGCAGCAGCCUUUGGAGGCCAACUCAGUGGUCAGCUCAGCCCACUUCUUGCUAGUCUGAGUCCGAAUGGACAGCUCCAGGGGCAACACUUUACACUUAGCACUGCAAAUGGUCAGACUAUUCAGUUGCCUACUGGUCAACUUGGUCCUCAGACGUUGGUGGUGCCGUGCUCUGCAGCGGGCCAGCGUCAGCAGCCCCAACCAAAACAACAGGAGAUUCAAAUUGCUGUUAGCCUUGGGCAGCUGCAGCAGCAUACUGACCAACAGAAACACAACCAAGCACAACUGCAAGCACGUCAGCAGCAUCCAAACAGCAACGUCACCAACAACAUUCGCAAGGGUUUACCUAUAACAGUUGCUGGCAGCGCAAGCAACACCUCAGUCAGCAAGGUGGGAUUAAGCACUUUGACAGCAAAACAAGCCGUCUCAGUUCAGGCAGUCCAGCGGCAACAUGUAUCAGCAGGGACCAAUCUCCCCUCCACGUCCAUCACUACCACCUCUACCUCUGCAUCCUCCUCUUCCCCUGUGGCUAUCAUCACUAACUUGUCUGUGGGCUCGACCUGUCGGGAGGUGGUGGCUUCACCAACAACUUCCGUAACAUCUCGGACAACGAGUUCAGCAACUGCAAGUCCUCCUGACACCACUACCUUAAGCCCGGUGGCUGGAGGAGGUGCCACUCCGCAGCACAGCCCGAACGCUGACACCACCACCUCGUCCGUGGAUGACGUCACCUCUGCUGGUGCAUCGCCAGCAACAUCCCCUGCCAGCACUACACAUCAGAUUACAACACCUUCGUCCCUUGCCAUGGUUCACUGUGUGUCAAGCAGUAUCGCUGAAUCGGAACCCAAUGAUGCUGAUUGGAAUGCCUCAGAGAAGCAAAAGCCACACAGUGCAUCCUCCCCUUCAACCAUUGGGCCCGAUAGCUACCUAUGUGAUUCAAAGCCUGUUGGUAGUGACAUCUUUGUGGAGUCUUCCAGCAAUUUACUGGCUCCACAAAACCAACAACAAGCACAACAUCAGCAUGUUAUGUACACAUAUGGAGAUGUCGGUCUUAAUCGAGGUUCUUUGAAGAGAAAGCACUCAAUUGGUGAGGAUACAUAUGCCAUCAGCAGUCAUUCCAAGACUCAUUCCCAAAUGAACCAGCAGAACCAGCAACUGCGGAAGGCUGAUAACAUUGGCGGUGCCGAAAGCAGCGUGGCUGAAGGCGAUCUCGUCUGGGGCCCCGCUCGGGGCUUCCCCGCUUGGCCCGGUCAGGUGGUCGCGAGUCCUGCCGGCAUGACUGCCAGUCCCACGCCCACUGCCUCCGCCCCAGCCUCCGCCCCAGCCUCUGCCUCGCGCACGGCGGGCACGCUGACUCCUGGUACGGAGACCCCGGGCCACGUUUGGGUCCGUUGGUUCAGCGGCAAUGGCUGCGGUGGUGGUGGCGGCGGCGGCGGCGGCGGCGGCGACUCGAACCGUGCUGUGUCGCUCGUUCCCAGAGAAAGCCUCAAGUCGCUGUCUGAAGGUUUGGAGGCCCACCACCGAGCCAUCAAGAAAUUCCGGAAAGGUCGGAAAAUGAAUACUCAGCUGGAAAAUGCAAUCCAAGAAGCUAUGGCUCAGCUGGACAAAAUGUCAGAACAAACCACACAAGAUGUUGAAUGUAAAGAUCCUGCAGAAUCAAGAGUGGUCACAGAAAAGCAUAUAGUGGUUCAAAAGCAGUCACAAAAACACAAGGGAAAUUCAAAUGCUGUCAAACAAAGGCAACUUCAGAGUGCAUCUCAAAGUACCCCUGCAUCGAAAUCUCAGGCAGACUCAACUCCAGAAGUCUCAGUUCCCUCUUCAAAUUUACGAUCAUUCUCAAGUUCUCCAGCCCAUUCAACAAGACUUCGUCGUAGUAAUCGUUAAAUCAUCAUCCACUUAACGUCCCUUUUAAAAUUGUGCAUUUCUGUCUGCCAUUGACGGAAUGAAAGUGAGAAAAAAAAAUCUGAGAAGAAUAACUUGUUGUACCUGAAGGAUUGCAUAAUUUAUGUAGACUACUUUUAUGGUUCUAAGUAGUAUAUCUCACAAUCCCCUGUUAAGUUUUAGACAGAUGUUUAUGAAUCAGGUAAAGUACAUCACCCUGAAAUUUUCCAUUGUUUUAAACUAUUCUUUAUGUGUUUGUAAUUGGAAGCACAUGUUUAUUUGUGAUGUUCUUCUAAUAAUACUCUAGUCAUAUCAUUUUAUUGUGCUAAUUGUGUUGAAGCAUAUUUUUUUAUUAUUUGUGCACUUUCUGACCAGUGUGAGUGACUUCCAGUCCCACCAUGGUGAAAGCCAUCACCAUGAUUGUGAUUUAAAAAAUAAAACAGACAAGAAUGAAAUGCGGUUUUAUGAUUGACUGUAUGUAUGUACUAAUGCAAUUUAUGAACUGGCCAUUGGCUUUUUUGUUGUUAGCAAAACCACCUCCGGAUAUUGGGAAACAAUUAUGUGAGACUUCUCUUCAGACCUGCAUCCACUGUGGAAGCCUCAUGUCAAGACUUUCAUUCGUUGAUGCAAUAUCUAGUUCCUAAUUAAACCCCAGAUGGCUUGUUUAAUUUAAAUCUAGCAUUAUGUGAUAUAAUUAGUAGGACCGUACUUGUUUUUUUUUACUGUACAGACAAGCGUACAUAUUUGAAGUUUGUGUAAAUAUUCUUAUCAUAUAUGAUCAGUGUUUAUAUGUAAAUAUACAUAUUACAUACAUAUUUAUGAGGCUACAUAGAGACAUUUGUGCUUUUGUAAAUAAAUCUAUAUAUGUGCAUAAAUAUUAUUUACUGUAGAUGUCAAUUUAUAUGUGCAACUAUAUGAUUGUUAUUUUCUUGAUAUGUGCAUGUUGGUUCAGAGAAAAUGUUACUUAUUAAAAUUGUGGAGUUUUGGAUAUGGGUAUGUUUUUGAAUCCUCUUGUAGUUUUAGAAUUGUUCAAUGUUUACCUAUCAUUCAAAUUUUGUUUCUAUUGUAAGUGUAAAGAAAAGUAUUCUUUAAGGUUUGUUUUGCCUGCUCAGGUUAAUCCACCAUUUCAAAUCAUUUCUGAAACCUUAGAAAGAUCUGUCAUUAAUGUUGCAAGUGUAUGGAAUGACAAGUUGUGAUUAUAUAUUUUAAUAUAGUUAUAUAUAUAUAUACUUGAAAGUAUAUCCUUCCAAAUUGUCACUGUUUUCUUGUUUUCUGUUACAAUCCUUGUUCUUGUAAAGACAUUCUGUACCAAUGAUGUAACACAAUUUUCUGUGUUCUUUAAAUGUCUCAUUCCAUUUAAGAUGCUCUGCCAGAGAGAACCCAUUUUUCAGGUGUUCGUUUCAUUCAUAAUCUCAUUUACUUUGAUAGUAUUACAAAUAGAGUGCACUGCGUUUUACAUUUUAAACAGGUCUUUCUUUCAAAAUGAUAGGUUCAAAUUAAAAUUGUUUUUACCAUUCUUUAACUAUUGAAGGUGGUUCCCAGUUUUUAUUCUAAAUUAUUACAUCACUGGCAUUGAUGGUUGGUAUCACCGCCUUGCUCUGGCAGAGCCCUUAAGGAAAUAAUAUGGACAAUGGCUUAUGUGAUGUAUGUGAUAGUUGAAGUUGUGUUCAACCAAAGCUGAUGAGGGAGGGACAAUUCUGUACUGUUCUGUUGUUAAUCAUUUUGUCAAAAAUAAUAUGGGACUGUAAUAGGCUUGAUGUUGUCGCACUUAAAAAGAGCAAUCUACACUGCCUUUUGAAUAAAUUGUAACUGUUUCACCCCUCAUUCUGUGUUGAGGGUAACAAGUCUAUUUUCGAAUCCUUUGUGUCUGUCUUCUGCAUUUUAGUGAUGAUUUUGUCACCACCACUACUUCAUUAUGUUUGUAACACAGCUAGCUUACAAAAUAACAAGAACACAACAUAAAUGUUCAGGCAGUAUGUUAAUUAAUUGUUAAGUAUGGUUGAGAAAGAAGAAAUUCUUGUGCAAUUUUUUUGUGCUUCCCUGUAGUAUUGUUGCUUCUUGUUCAGCUCUUAAGAGUUUGUUGAUGUCUUAAGGGCAUUUCCAUACCAUAGUAACGUAUUUAAUAAAGCUGUUAUCCUUACCAGCAUGUGAUAAAAUGCAAUCUGUACUUCGAAGCAAAACAAAAUUUCUUAAGUAUCACCACUAUUUGGUGAGAUAUUGAGGCUCCGCAAUUCUUCCUUGAAUUUUUAAGUUUUUUUACCAUGUAUUAACCAAAAUUUUGUGCAAUGUCUUAUUACGUGUCACUUUUGAGGAAAAGAUCUGCACUUGUUAGUGUGAAUAGUAUCCUUGCAGUUCUUUUCAGUUCAAUUGCAGCCAUGAAAGUGCACUUCAAAGAGUGCAGAAGUCAGCCAUACUUAUGGCUAUAAGCCAAAGAUUACUGUCGCAAAGUGUUAACCAUCUUGUAAAGAUACGCUCUGAUUUCUGUGCAAUGGUUAACUAUCGCUUCUCAUGUUUGUUAAGCAUUUUGUAGGUAGAAGAAAAAAUUGUAUCAAGUUACAGCAUAUUAUAUUUAUUUUGAAUAUUUGUGCUACACAUGUUGUGCUUCUACCAGUGCUGAUAGCUUGUAUGAUGUAAAUGUGUAUGUAUGUAUUGCUGUCCUAAAGCUUUAGUUGCACAAAGUAUUUGUACCAUUGUUGUUUUACAUCUGGUAGUAAUAUAUUUAAAUUUACCCCUGUAAAUAAAAUGAUACCUAUUCA